GGGGUUCCCUUGAGCUCAAGGCGCUUUGGGGUUUGGUUUCUUUUGUAAUGUGGGAGGGUAGGUUGUGUUUUAAGAGUUUCCUAUAUGUUUUGGGGUAUUUGGUGGGUAUAGGAUUUGGGGAGCUCCUGGAGACACUUGGAAGCAAGGAGCCCAAGAGUACCCAUUCCGAUUCCGGAGCCAGGACGCCUGGACUUGCCUGUCUUUACUUCUACCUGGCUGACCCUGGGCAGGGGAUGUUCCUUUCUGUGACUCACCUAGAAACAGGAAGUACUAACCCCACCUGCCUCCUAGGGGCUGGAGGAGCAGCAGUUUUAAAACAGUGCGCUGUGAGUGCUGAAAGCACGUGUCUGCUGUAGUAACAUUUGUGAGGAUUCUUUUGACUUUUGGUUAGAAUACUUAUUUGGUUUGGGAUUUGCCUUAAAUGUUAGGGGGUUUUUGUGUUUUAGUUCUUUCGCGUGGCCAGGGGGUCCUGUGGAUUUAAGGGGUUUGUAGAAGGGAUGUUUGAACUGAGUAUAGAAUGUUGGGAAAUUGAAACAUCUGUGAGGUUGGGAGAUGGCUGUGUGCCUUGGAAUCUACGAAAAGUUCUUUGAGACCGGGACUUUCUGUGCUGGAGGGGAGUUUUUACAUUUGGGGGUUUAAAGUAGUAUUUGAAAGAGUGUGGAUAUUUGAGGGGAGAGUAUUGAGAUUCUGGAGAUAAGGGUAGGAACUGAUUAUGGGAUUAUGAGAGGAGGUAAAGAUGAUUAGAAUUGAAAUUUUCUUUGUUACUGAUGUCUGUGUUUGGAGGUCAUGCAGAACUGUGGAGUGAAUGAGGAAUCUGGAAUUGCCUGGUUUUCGAGGGACAGUCUAUACUGCAAGAGUUGGCAGACUUUUUCCACAAAGGGCCAGAUAAUGAAUAUUUCAGGCUUUGCAGUCUUUGCUGCAGCCCUGCAGCUCUGCUUUUGUAGCAUGAAAGAAGCCAUAAUGCACAUUUUAGUAAAACUUCAUUUACAAAGGCAGGCGGCAAGCCCUUGGUCCAUAGUUUGGAGACCUCUGUGGUCUGCAGGCAUAUGGAACUUUGAAGUUUGGAGGGUUACUUUCAUUUUAGGAUGUGUUGCUAGGGACUUUGAGACUAAGACAUCUGCUGCUUACUGGUAACAAGAAGAAAGUGCAGUGGAAAGUGGUCAUAUCGGAUUCGUUACCAAAAUUACCUCCACGUUAGGUCAUGUGCAUAAAUUUGUUGCAAAAUAAAAUAGUCAUUAUUGAGAGCACUGAACUGAGGGGUCCAGAAACCAAGUUUGAGAGACUGAUUUUACUUCAGACCUACUGUCCCCUUACCUGUGUGACCUUUCCCCACUCUGAGCCUCAGUUUAUUUGUGUACAAUUUCAAGAGGGAGCCAGACAUAGGUGCUUUUAUCCUGGGGGUCUGUGACUGUGCUUCAGGGAAGCAGCUGCAGAGCCUUUGCAAGGGUGAGCUCUCUUAGGCGAGGAUACCCAGCUUUAAGAGAUUCUCAAAGAGCCCCAUGAACCCCCAAAAGUGGCAUGUGGAAUCCCCCACCACCAACCUGAUCCUGAGAUACGGUGACUUCCUGCCUGUUUGUCAUCAUCCCCCAGAAUGGACCGUGGUGGCCUCCUGCCCUUCCAGCUCUGGUGUCCCCGGCCCUUUGGUACCUACUCCCAGAACCAGCCGCGCCCGCCUUCCACAGCCCUCAAGUCGUCGGCCUGCUCGGAGCCUGGUGGUGGGGCCGAGCCUGACCGUGGGCCUGCCCACUCAGAGAACACCCCGCCCGCCCUGGCCGCGGAGGCCCCUGCCACUCAGCCUGCUCCACUCCUCUCAGCAGCAGGUGCUGGCGACGAGGGUCGAGUCCUGUUGGACACAUGGUAUGUUAUCAAGCCUGGGAAUACAAAGGAGAAGGUGGCCUUCUUCGUGGCCCACCAAUGUGGUGGAGGCAGCCGGGCCAGCUCCAUGAAGGUCAAGGGGCACUGGGGCAGUGACAGCUCCAAGGCCAAGCGGAGGCGGCGCUGUCUGGAAUCCACCAAGGCUCCCCCAGACCCAGGGGGCCAGGAGGGACCCCCUGCUGCCGAGGGGGGCCCCUCUUCAGCGGGGGAGGAUGUGGACUUGCUCUCUGUGGCUGAGAUGGUGGCCCUGGUAGAACAGAGGGCUGCCCUGGCCCUGCAGAGCUACCCCCGCCCCACCACCCCAGCGCCUGUAGUCUUUGUGUCGGCUGAGCAGGGUGGACCACCUAAGGGAUUGGGGUCCGAACGGAGGUCUGGUGGUGGUGACUGCAGUCGUGUGGCUGAAGCGGUAGCCCAUUUUGAGGCCCAGCGGGACAACCCUCCAACCAAGGGCCUUCGCAAGGAGGAGCGGCCUGGGCCAGGUCCCGGUGAGGUACGCAUUGCCUUCCGCAUCUCCAAUGGCAGGGAGCCCCGUGCACCAGACGGCAGUCUCCCCAAUGGUGGCGGGGGCCGGCCUGGUUGUGCCUUCCCUGGCAGCCCAGGUCCCGGGGCUCGAGCCAAGGACAAGAUCACUUGUGACUUAUACCAGCUCAUCAGCCCUUCCCGGGAUGCCCUUCCUAGCAAUGUGGAGUUCCUGCUGGCUAGGGCAGAUGAAGCCAGCGAGGCUGAGACCCCAGCCCCUGCCAGGCCUGAGGACACUCCCCCCGCCCCACCCCCGCCCCCUGCCCGGGACUGUGGCGCAUCAGGCUUUCACGUGGAUGUGGUGGUGACGGGUGUGGUGGACGAGUGCAUCUUCUUUGGUAAGGAUGGCACCAAGAAUGUAAAAGAGGAGACAGUGUGCCUGACGGUCAGUCCCGAGGAGCCACCCCCACCCGGCCAGCUCUUCUUCCUCCAGUCUCGGGGUCCAGACGGGCCCCCUGAGCCACCCCCUGCUGAUGCGCCAACCACAUUGCCAGGCCCGGAUGAUGCUGAGGGGACAGCAGACACCUCCCUGUGCCGCCUUUACCGUCACGUGUCACAUGACUUCCUGGAGAUCCGCUUCAAGAUCCAGAGGCUGCUGGAGCCACGGCAGUACAUGCUGCUGCUGCCAGAGCAUGUGCUGGUCAAGAUCUUCAGCUUCCUGCCCACGAGGGCCCUGGCCGCCCUCAAGUGCACCUGCCACCACUUCAAGGGCAUCAUCGAGGCUUUUGGCGUCCGGGCCACAGACUCACGCUGGAGCCGAGACCCACUCUACCGUGAUGACCCUUGCAAGCAGUGCCGCAAGAGAUACGAGAAGGGCGAUGUGUCACUCUGCCGCUGGCACCCCAAGCCCUACCACCAUGACCUGCCUUACGGACGUUCCUACUGGAUGUGUUGUCGCCGAGCUGAUCGCGAGACGCCGGGCUGUCGCCUGGGCCUGCACGAUAACAACUGGGUGCUGCCUUGCAAUGGGCUGGGUGGGGGCCGCACUGGCAGGGAGGAGGGGAGGUGAAGCCGGGGGAGGGGGAGGGAGCCCACCAUGCCCACCCCUCCCCCAUCCCCUGGGAGCCAGGGACCAGGAUUGGGCCACCAACCUACACCCCAGUCCAGGCAGUGUUCACCCACCAGAACUGAGACCAGGAUCAGGGUGACCCAUGGAAACACUCUGACCCCUGUUGGUUUUCUACUCCUCAGACCCAGGGCCGUGGACCCUCAAGUAGGGUGUUUUUUAUCAGCAUCUCAGUUUCUUCUCCAUUCAGCCCCAACACUGUCCCUGCCACUCUCUACACCCCAGGGACCCCCCCAGCAGGGAGCUGACGGCAGCUAAUUUUGGUCCCACCUAAGGCUUCCCCCAUGCUGGCCCCGCUUCCACGCUUUCUCCCAAGUUCCUCAUCUCUGGAGCUGUUUUCUCCCAGGAGGCUACAGCACCCAAGGUUAGUACCUUUCCAAACUUACCACACUAGGGCUCACCUCCUUUUUUGGAAUUGGGGGCCAUCAGAUCAUAAGGUGGAUCUGGCACUUUAUUAUAACAGCCUGCCAUUUCUAUUUUUCUGAUGAGAAAAUAAAAAUCAAUGUUGUCUCCUUAACCUCAAGCUACCAGUCAAUCCCCUUCCCCUACAGGGGAAGAGGAAAAACCUUGAAUUAUAGAAAUGUUCCCUCUUCCCGUUAUUUAAGCUAUUACCAUCACUCCUCCCCCCAGUAAAGCUGUGAAGCCCUUUGCCUCACUCUGGAUGGCGUGGGGGGCCAGAGGGCAAGGGACUGUGGGUUUGAAUUUCUAGGUGGUUUUUCCUUCAACUAUGGGUACUUGUUAAGGCAUUGGGGUCUCUUCACCCCCAGCCACAUGCUUCUUUAGAAUCUUUGGGUCAUUUGGGACCUUGAAUUUCAGGCAGUUUGGUCUGGGGUGUUUUUUUGUUUGUUCUGUUUGGGGGUUGUUUUUGUUUUUUCAUAAUUGUGGUUCUGGAAGCUUCUAGUGUGUGGCAUCUGACCAAUUUUGAAUUGGUCCUUUCUAUAAAAUCAAUAUUUAUAAGGCUGGGCC